AUGCCAUCGAUAAUCGCCAAACUCGCUUCUAUCAAGAAGAAAAGCACCCACACCUUCACCGUCCUCCGCCACAACCCCGAACUUUUCAACGAGUCCUCCACUAUCAAAUUCCACACCCCACUGAUCCCAAGCAUCGCCAACGUCCUCCGCCCGCGCCCAACACUUCACCUACUCACCGACGUUCCUCCAAAGGGCUCCGACUUCACUUCCUCUCCCUACACCUGCACCUCGUCCUCCGCUUCCACCAAUCCCACCACUCCAGAACCCACCGAAAAAGUCGGCGACGACGCAACCGCAAUCCCGACCGUGACGGUAGCACCGCCGCCGCCGUCGUCGCCGUGGACCUGCCCGCCUUCCGCCGUUCCCUGGCCGCCGCAGAUCUGCGCCGCGCCGCUCUCGACGCACCACCGCCUCGCGCCGUGCGCCCACGUCGUGCGCACGCCCUUCCUGACGCCCUGCGGCUCCAACUGCGCGCACGUCUUCGUCGCUACUACCAACAGCAGAAAUGACCACCACAUUGCAUCCCCUUUGACGCCGGCGACGCCGCUGCCGCCGCUCCUGCCGUUCGUCGUCGACGAGCCGUUCACGUGCGCCAUCUGUGUGGAUGAGGUGGUCGAGGCGGAGGCGGAGCGGAAGAGAAGGGCGUUCGUGGGGUUGUUGGAGCGCAAUGCGGCAGAGCUGUUGGAGGGGGAGGAGGGCGUUGUGGCUGGGGCGUAUGAGCGGAUUCUGGCGAUGGAGAUGGAGGAUGAGAGGGCGAGGAUUGUGGAGCAGUUGGAUGGAAGGCCGUGUGAGGCGGCGGAAGAGAAGGAUGGGCAUGGGCGGAUGUGCCCGUGA